AUGCCCUUCUACCAGCUCGUAUGCAUCGCCGCCCACUACCCCGAAUAUAGACACAUCAAGGACCUCGUCACGCGCGCGGCGAGCCACGUCCUGGACAAUGGCGGCGUAGUGCGCAAGCUCGACUCGUGGGGCACGCAGACCCUCCCUCAGCGCAUGCGGAGAGCGAAGGUGUACCACCAGAUUGGAGACUACUGGACGAUGCAGUUUGACGCGUCUCCAACAACCCUCCGCGAACUCAACAACAUCAUGCGACACGACCCCCGAGUCAUUCGCUGGACGGCACUAAAAGUGGGCGAGAAGGUCGACGAUGUGCUCGCACCCGACCAGAAGACGAUCAACCGCGACUGA